UCCUCGUCGUCGUGGAACGUGGUAGCUUCGCUUCGUGCCGUGGGUGACAUCGCAGCGCGCGGGCGAGGUGCGUUGCUUGGUAAUGGAGCUAGGGCUGGGGAGGUACUGGGGGGUUGGCGGGAGGCGGUGCGGCGCGUGCGCGGCGGCGCCGGCGGCGGUGCACUGCCGGACGUGUGGCGGCUGCGGCGGCGGAGGAGGAGGGUAUCUGUGCGCCGGGUGCGACGCGGAGCAUGCGAGGGCGGGGCACGAGAGGGUUUGGGUGUGCGAGGUGUGCGAGCUCGCGCCGGCCGCGGUGACCUGCAAGGCCGACGCGGCGGCGCUGUGCGCCUCCUGCGACUCCGACAUCCACGACGCGAACCCGCUGGCCCGGCGCCACGAGCGCGUCCCCGUGCAGCCGAUCGGAUCCGCCGCCUCGCAUGCCGACGCGGCGGACGCGCUGCUGUUCGGCGGGGAGAAGGACGCCGCCGUCGACCUUCCCGGCGCGGUCGGCGCCGCCAAGGAGACGACGAGGCUGGACUUCCUGUUCGGCGACUUCAUGGACCCCUACCUCGGCGGCUCCCCCGAGCUCGCGCGCUUCCCUCACGCCGACAGCGUGGUGCCCAACCACAACGGAUCGACCGGUGCCCCGGUGGAGCUGGGCUUCGCCGGCGGCUCCACCGCCGGCGCCAAACCGUCCUACAGCUCCUACACGGCGGCGGCGUCGCUCGGCAACAGCGGCUCGUCGUCGGAGGUUGGGCUGGUGCCGGACGCCAUCUGCGGCGGCGGCGGCGGUGGCAUCAUCGAGUUCGACUUCGCGCAGUCCAAGGCGGCCUACCUGCCAUACGCCUCCACACCCAGCCAUAGUGUGUCGUCGAUGGACGUCGGCGUGGCGCCGCCGGAGUUCAGCGGCGUCGACGGCGCCGCCGCCGGGAGGGCAUACCCGGCGGCGGCGGGAGAGGACCGAGCGGCGCGGCUGAUGCGCUACCGCGAGAAGCGCAAGAACCGCAGAUUCGAGAAGACGAUCCGCUACGCGUCGCGCAAGGCCUACGCCGAGACGCGGCCGCGCGUCAAGGGCCGCUUCGCCAAGCGCGCCGACGACGCCGACGCCGCCGCGCCGCCGCCGCCGCCCGUCAUGCUCGACUUCGCCGGCUACGGCGUCGUGCCAACCUUCUAGGAUAUGGUCGUGUGCACGUGCUGUUCUUGCACGUUUUUUUUUCGCCGGCAAAUCGAUCGAUCACGAAUUCUAAGCUGGCGUUGCAUACGAACGACGUACUACGUACUUCACCAUGCACGCGUGUUUGCUAGGACAAGCCAAGCUCUAGGUGAUCACAACUCACAAACCUUUAAAUUUUUUUUGAGCUAGCCUGCACUGAUCAAGGCCAAGCUAGUGUGUGUAAUCGUGUUUGCUAGAACGGCUACUAGUUCAUCGGAUCUGUGUGUAUGGUGUUUUGCAGCAACUGAUGAUGAAGACAAAUAUUUGGGCGAAUUUAUAGCAUGCUUGGUUUUUUGAAUCAAGAUUACUCAUACUUGAACUUGAUUGUUUGAUGGUUCAUUUCUGUUCAUACGGCCAUGACAUGCU